GUGUACAUGUGGAUAUGAAUUUGAACCACGUUUUUAAGCUAAGUAUAAAUAUGAUUGAACUUGUAGUUGGCAUCUAAAGUAGCACAAUGGAUAAAGUAACUCUGUUUCUUGUGGCGGCACUUUUUGUGACGGCUACUUUAGCGGCACCAAAGAAAAUCGAGGUGUCAUUUAUAGAUCAUGAUAACAUAGAAGAAACUAACGAUGGGGGUCUGGUCUACACGCCACACGGUACGGUCAUUGUGGGAGAUAUCGAGAUUGAACUGACUAGGAAUGGUAUCCUCAAUCCAAGUCACCGAUGGCCUCAAGGUAGAAUCUACUACACCAUAAGUCAAAAUUAUUCUUCGGCAAUUCACGACACUAUCAUAGCUGCCAUGAGGGAACUGGAGCAUGAUAUCAAUGGAGCAUCAGGUCACUGCAUUCAAUUCAUUCCUAGGACUAACCAGGUCACUUAUAUAGAGAUCCAUGCAGGAACAGGGUAAGUACAUCUCAUCAGGAAGGUGUA